AUGGCUCACUUCUUUAAAGAGAAAAUCAAGUGUUAUUUCUGCUUUCGUUAUCUGGAAAGCCCUGUGUACUUGAACUGUGGAUACGUCUGCUGCUUCCGAUGCCUUGACUCAAUGGAGAAAAGUCCUGAAGGGGAUGGUAUACUGUGCCCCACUUGCUCUGAUGUCUCUUUGAAAAAAGACAUCAUUCGUGGUAGAGAGUUAGGGAACCUGGUUACCGAGAUCAAAAACCUAGAGCCACGCCUGAAUCUUAUUCUGACAAUGAACCCAGGUAUGAAGGCGUUUCAAGUGAACAUGACCUUGGAUGUGGACACAGCCCAAAAUAACCUCAUCAUCUCUGAUGACCUGCUGAGUGUCUACUAUACACCUCAGAAUCAAGGCCGAAAGAAACGUGCAGAAAGAUUCAUCUCCCCUUGUGUCCUGGGCUUUUCCCAGUUUACUUCGGGCCGCCAUUACUGGGAGGUAGUGGUGGGAAGCAGCGAAGAAUGGGAUAUAGGCAUUUGCAAAGAGUCCAUUAAUCGACAGAAGGAUGUUUAUUUGUCAGAAGAAAAUGGCUUCUGGACGGUGGGUGUGAGAAAGGGAAAUGUCUAUGCUGCCAGCACUGAUCCCUUAACCGUGCUGCUCGUGAACCAGCGACUGCACAGAGUGGGUAUUUUCCUUGACCUGCUAGAGAAGAGUGUUUCUUUCUGGGACCUUGGCGAUGGCUCCCAUAUCUAUACUUUCCUUGAAAUUCCUGACACGGAUCCAUUUCGCCCAUUCUUUUCGCCAGCAAAUACCUAUCCAAAUAGUCACGAACAAGUCCUUAGCAUCUGCCCUGUGACAAAUCCAGGCAUUUUAAGACUUCCAGCUAACCCAAAUUAG